CUCGGACGUGUGUUGGUAGCUGUGCAGUUCGCACCUGGUGGUGGCCAAAAGCCCAAAAGUUUACUCUGUGCUCACUCUGUACCCUGGCUUGGCUUGGCCAAGUUAGUAGCUUCCAUCAAUCGUUGGCAGGCAGGCUGGUUAAACGUGUGCAGGCUCAGCACAGCAGAGUAAACGCUAGUUAGUUGGUUUGUUAGCUGUAGGUUAGUGUUGCUCCUUGGCAGUGCUCGGUGUUAUCUAAAAGUGCAGUGCUUUGCAUAACUGGUGGAAAUUGGCGAUUUUGACUGACGAGACUCUUUGCACGGAGUUCGGGAGAUUGAGUUCGCUGGAGAUCCGGUCACUGCACCUGCUGCGGAGUUGCCAAUGGAGUUGCGAAAACUCGUUUUUUGAAGUAACCAAGUUUUCGCAAGUAAAUUCUUCUAGAAUCUCUUACCAGUUGAGCAAUACCUCAACGCGGCUGGUGUCAGUGAUCUUUUCGCUAGAGAACUGGUAGGUUCUAAGUUAAGCACCUGCCGAACCGUCUGGAAGUUUAGAUUUAUGUUGCAUUGCUGCACCUGUACCUCACCGGGUGACAUUAUCCUACAAACCACUAAGCAGCAGCGGUGUUGUACCGAAGCGGUGUGUUCAACUCAAAAAGUUGUGCAAUCCACGUGGUGUGUGCGCGCGCGAGGAUCGUCGUUAGCUUGUUGCAACGAUUUAAGAACCAAACAAAACCUAAUCGUUUCGGUGCCAAACGGCUCAGUGUGACUCGGAACAUGAUCGCGACUUCGGUGGUACGGCGGCAACGGCAGCAGCAACAGCAAUCAUCGGCGGUGAUGACCUGUCAGGCUAAAAGUUCUACACACACGGUACUUAUGGCAGCACUACGAAGGGCGGCCCUAGUGUUGGCCGCGGUGCUGCUGCUAGAAAUCAUUGACACUGUCCAGGCCAAGGAGAUCGCCAUUCGCAACAAGGACUUUCCCCAGCUGAAGGAGAAACCUAAUUGGUUGCGAGUUUGCCGGCGGGACAACCCUAACGAAAACCAGUGCUUCAAAAAGAUGUUCGAGGAAACGUUCCCCUACAUUGCAAACGGCAUUCCCGACAUCGGCGUCCAACCGUUCGACCCGCUGCGCAUCGAAUCGGUCCAGGUGUCCCGGGGCUCGGGCGGACUCAUGCUGAGCGGUGGCUUCAAGAAGCUCAACGUCAAGGGCCCCUCCAACACCACCGUCAAGCGGGCCAGCCUGGACUUCAAGACCAACCAGCUCAGCUUCGACCUGGAGAUUCCGAAGCUGAAGAUCGACGCGGCGUACAACCUGAAGGGAAACGUCCUUCUGUUGCCCCUGGUCGGCGACGGUGACGUAACGAUGGUGCUGAAGGACGUCAAAACAUCCGUCUCGACCAAGUUUGGAGUGCGGCCGCUGCCCGAGGACGCUAUCUACAUCGAGGAGAUGAAAGUAACCUUUUUGGUCGGUGGCAUGCGCAUUCAUCUGGACAAUCUGUUCCAAGGCAACCAGGUCCUGGGGGCGUCGCUGAACCUGUUCCUGAACCAGAAUGCCAACGAGGUGAUUUCCGAGCUGCGGGCGGACCUCGAGCACGGCCUGGCGGAGAUCUUCACCGGGCUGUGGAACGAACUGUUCAACAAGCUGCCGCUGAAGCUGUGGCUCGCGUAGGAAUCGCCAUUUAGGUUAGGAUGUAGGAUCAAGCCCGUUGGCAAACUUCUCAUACAUUGGCCAACUGGUGCAGAUGUACAACUUGUGUAAAUAGUGACUGUGGUAGAUUGAGAGCUUUGUCUGAUUUGUUAUUACUAGGUUUUGUAGAAAGUGUCAUAAGAGCGAGUAGUUUCUUUAUUUUUGGAAGAACCGAAAAUUCAUUGAUGUAUUGUUACUAGAUUUAGGUUAGCAAAAUUGCCUCUGUAAAUAGUUCAUAAACUAGUUCGAAUGAUUACAAAUAAAAAAACGAAUAAAUAUCACAUUA